AGAGGAUGAUGGGAGUUAAAGGAUGCUUAAAUACUGUGGCUGGGUUGCUCCGGGAAGAUACUGAGCUGAUUCCUGGCAACAUGAAGGCUCUCCUCACCCUGGGGUUCCUCUUGCUGUUUGUCACUGUCCAGGCCAAAGUCUUCGACCGAUGUGAGUUUGCGAGAACUCUAAAAAGACAUGGAAUGGAUGGCUACAGGGGAGUCAGCCUGGCAAACUGGGUGUGUUUGGCUCAACAUGAGAGUGGCUUUAACACAAAAGCCACAAACUACAACCCUGGACCCCGAAGCACCGACUAUGGGAUAUUUCAGAUCAACAGCAAAUACUGGUGUAAUGAUGGCAAAACCCCGAGAUCAGUGAAUGCCUGUGGGAUACCCUGCAGCGCUUUGCUCCAGGAUGACAUCACUCAAGCCAUACAAUGUGCAAAGAGGGUUGUGAGGGAUCCACAAGGCAUUAGAGCAUGGGUGGCAUGGAAAAACCGUUGUCAAAACCGAGAUCUCAGCCAGUAUAUUCGGAACUGCGGGGUCUAACGCUGUUUGCUUCUACUUCAGCUCAAUCUGUCUCUUUCUAGCUAUAGGGUUAGUUUUGGGAGAGGUCACACAUCCUUGGAAUUCCCUUUACUCAAGUAGGCUUUAAACAGGAACAGGAGAAAAAUGGAGACUGUUUCCUAAGAGGCUUCAUGCUGACUAAUGUCUUCAUUGUUCUAAACAAAGCCAUCAUUUUUGGUUACCCAAGGCAGCAGAUGCUGGUGACAGUGGUCUAGCACGUUGACCGUCACACACAUCUCUAUCCACCAGUGUUUCACCUAUGAUGUAAACACAUUCAAUGUCACCAGGAUUAAUCUCCAUCUUCCCUUUGUUGGAUAGGAAUACAACAGUAUUCACAGGCAACAAUAGAUCUUAGGUAAAUUGGUAGCUGUGUGACCUCCCAGAACUUGUGUGUGGGCUCAGCAGCCAGACAGUUAGAACAGCCGCUGUGUGGGAUGAGAUGGGUUUUUCAGGGAACAGAACUCUGAGUGGAUAGAACUGAGAUUCCUGGACUCAGAAACUUGUCAUGAAUGUGUGACCUUUCAAAAAAGUAUGUUCUUAGAGUUGUCUCAUUUAUACUGCUUAAAAAGGAAAUUUUCAACUCAUGUCAAAGUCUGUUUUGACCCUUGAUAGAGUGUUCCCAUGCCUCUUGCAGUUCAUGGGGUAUUCAGAACAGAUUAGUGACUGUGCUGGCUCUUAACUUUCUUAAAGUUCAUGCAUAAGAACUGACUCUGAGACAGAUGAGCUUGGAUCAGCAAAACUAAUUGUAUUGUGAAAAACUACAAAAAGAUAUUAAAUGAUUUCAAUGCA